UGAAUAUAACAGGAGAAAGAGAUCAGGAAUAUAUGAGAGAAUCCAGAGAGAAACAGUGAGAUGGUGAGAGAUGAUCUGAGAGAUGCUAACGCUAAAGCUAAUGCUAGAAACAAAAGACAGAAACAGGGAGACAGAUAGAGAGAGAUAAACAGACAGAUUCUACACACACACACAACACACAGACAGACAUCUGUAUCUUUAUCUCAUCACACUCAUCAGUUUGUUUUUCAGGAUCAAUUAUCGAUUAUUGUGUGUUAGAUGUGAAACUGCCACACAUUAAAUCAGGGUUCUGCUCUGUGUCUGAUUCAUCAGUUAUUCUGAGAAAAAACGCGUUUCAUAGUUUUUCAUCAAAGUAUAAAUAAGUUUCCUGUUAUUCUGAUGUCAUGUGCGGGUUACCCCGUGAUUAAUAACUAUUUAAUCAUAGUUUUAUUACUCAGAUGCAUCUCUAAUGACCACGCCCACUUUCCAGUGCUGAUGGAUGAGAGCAAGCCACGCCCCUCGUGUUACGCACGUGACGUCACAUUUAUAAUGCUGACUGAAGAUGGACGUUCCUGAAUACCUGGAUCUGGAUGAGAUCGACUUCACUGAUGAUUUACCUUACAAGAGCAUUCCCGAGCUGUGCCGGAGACACGAUGGGCCGAGCGACGAGAGGCAAGCUCCGGCCAUCAACUGGGGUCGUAACGCGGCGUCACACGGCGGAGCGGGAAACAAGCCCACCGGAAUCGCCGACGUCUACAGCAAAUUCAGGCCCGUCAAACGCGUGUCUCCCCUCAAACACCAGCCGGAGGAGACCGAAGCCGAGCCGAGCGUGGACCGGAGCAAAGAGGAGUCUCCCUGCGCCGACAAGAGCAAAGCCCUGGGGAACGGAGCGCUGUUCGGGGAGCUGGAGCACUACGACCUGGACAUGGACGAGAUCCUCGACGUGCCGUACAUCAACAAACCCAGUCAGCAGACGUCGACACUUCCCCGCGUGGCUUCGGAGAAGAGGAGCGUCAGAGGGGCCACGCUUUCCCACUCCGAGAGCCUGAGCGCCGGGAACCAGUUCUGUGUGCUGGCGCCCGUCAACUGGCCCGACAUCAGGAAGACCAAGUCUAUGGACCUCAGGGCUCAGAGCGCGGGGUUCGAGCUCAGCCACGGGUCAGACACCGAUAAGCCCCGACUCUUCCCGGAUAAACCCGGAGCCGACGGCGGGGAGACGGCGUUCCCGGUUCAGGGAGCCAGAGGCACGAGGGCAACGUUCGGAGACGGAGACGAAGAAGCCAAGAAGACGCAGAACAUCCUGAACAUCGUGAGAGAGGGGCAGAUCUCACUGCUGCCUCACAUCGCGGCGGAGAACCUGGAGCGCAUCCGAGACGAGGACGGGAAUAACCUCCUGCACGUGUGUGCGUCUCAGGGCCACGCCGACUGCCUGCAACACCUGACCUCACUCAUGGGCGAAGACUGCCUGAACGAGCGCAACACACACCAGCUCACGCCCGCGGGCCUCGGCGUACGGAACGGUCACCUGGAGUGUGUGCGCUGGAUGGUGAGUGAGACCGAAGCCAUCGCCGAACUCAGCUGCACUCGAGAGCAUCCCAGCCUCAUCCACUACGCUGCGCGACACGGACAGGAGCGGGUCCUACUGUGGCUCCUGCAGUUCAUGCAGGAACAGGCCAUUUCUCUGGACGAAGUGGAUCAGGACGGGAACACGGCGGUUCACGUGGCGGCUCAGUUUGGACAUCUCAGCUGCGUUCAGACUCUGGUGGAGUACGGCUCGAACGUGACGGUGCAGAACCUGCAGGGCGAGCGUCCUUCCCAGAGUGCCGAGCGCCAGGGUCACAGCACAUGCUCUCGAUAUCUGGUGGUAGUGGAGACGUGCAUGUCUCUCGCCUCACAGGUGGUCAAGCUCACCAAACAACUGAGCGAGCAAACUACGACACGAGUCGCCCUACAGAACCAACUCCAGCUGCUCCUGCAGACACAAGAACCCAGACCUCGAUCGCCCAGUGCUCAUGUUGAGGCGUGGCCUGAGAUGACUCUGACGGCUGAAGUGGCUCCUGAUAACCAGUGGAUCCUGAAGCAGAGACACACGGAGGCGGAGUCAGGGGCGGGGCCUGGAGCCGGGCCAAUGAGACGGCCGGGGAUGGGAGAGAGGCGGGAACUAAAGUUGGCUCGUCUCAAGCAGAUCAUGCAGCGCUCGCUCAGCGAAUCAGACGGAGACGCGGCGUAUCCUCCGAACGAGUCCAAACCCGAUCGCCCGACCCAACUCCCCCUCGCCGAGCCCGAGGAGCGCAAGCUCACGACUUCCAAAUCCGUGGACGCUUACAACCCGUCGCCAUCGUCAGACCAGAGCGAUCCCGAAACCCGAGAGUGUCCCGACGGACAGAAGAUCGCCACCAGUCCCAAAAGCGCCCUCAAAUCCCCAUCGUCUCGAAGGAAGACCUCGCAGAACCUGAAGCUGAGAGUCACGUUCGACGAGCCACCGCGCAAAAACGACGCCAAAGCCCCGCCCACCAAAGAGAAGGCGGAGUCUGGGAAACGCGCAUUCGGGACGUUCCGCUCCAUCAUGGAGACUCUCAGCGGAAACCAGAACAGCAACAACAAUAACACUCCGAGCGGGAAGAAGAGCGAGUCCAAGAGCAAGAGCAAGACGAGUGCGGUCUAGAUCCGGCGGCGUUACGGCGUGGGCACGGACGCGGGUCACGGUGCUUCAGUAGCGAAUCUCUCGCGACACUAUUUGCCAUCUCACUUUCUUACAUGCGUUUUUCAGUCAGAACCUGCUGACGGGAAUCACAGGGCAAGUUAUGAACAAACGUUCUCACAGUAACGCUAAUAAAACGUUCGUUCAAUUACUUUUACAAUAGUCAUUUUUCAAUACUGUGAUUUUGUACAGACUCGAUAAUCAGAGAACGAACGAACAAAUCAUGUUCUUGAUUCCUGGAGCGAUUCAGUGCUGCACCUUCAGAUUCAGAUUGUUUUCAUAACUCAAAUACGUUUAUAUGUAAUCUGUCUUGUUUCGAGUUAAUGUAUGGAUUUAUAAUUUAACUGUUAUGUUUGAAUGCAAGAAAUAUGAUAUUAUUGGAAUCAUUGUAACGACAUUUGGAGGUUAAAAUAAAGAUGUUUUUCAAUCGUUA